AUGACAUCCCAGGGGAUGGAACCCACAACAGUGAAUGGAAGUCACCGGCCCAUGGAUGUGACCUGUGAUAAGAUCUUGAUCCCAGACUGGCUGAUUGUCAUCAUUGCCCUGGUGGGGCUAGCAGGAAAUGCAGUUGUCAUCAGUCUCCUGGGAUGCUGCAUGCGCAGGAACGCCACCUCAGUCUACAUCCUCAACCUGGCUGUUUCUGACUUCCUUCUCCUCUGCUGCCAUUUUAUUGGCUCACUGCUCAUCAUCACAUCCUUCAGUCAUGCCUAUAUAUAUAUUCCUCACAUCUUAGCCAACAUGGCAGUUAUUCCAUACAUCACAAGUCUGUGCAUCCUCAGUGCCAUUAGCAUAGAGCGCUGCCUCUGUGUCUUUCAGCCCAUCUGGUACCGCUGCCACCGUCCAAGACAUAUGUCAGCUGCUGUGUGUACCCUACUCUGGAUCCUGUCCCUAUUGCUUAGCGUUCUAGACUGGUACUACUCUGGUUUCCUCCAUGCAUUCCCUACUAUUGUUAGCUGGAAAAAUGUUGAUUUCAUCAUAACUGCAUGGCUGAUGUUUUUAUUUCUAACUCUGUCUGGGUCCAGCCUUGCCCUGGCGGUCAGAGUCCUUUGUAGUUCCCAAAGGAUGCCACUAACCAGGCUGUAUGUGACCAUUCUCCUCACAAUCCUGGUCUUCCUCAUCUGUGGUCUGCCCUUUGGCAUUUACUGGUUCCUAUUAUGCUGGACCCCAAUGGCUCUUGAGAAAUUCUAUUGCCAUUUUUAUUCAGCCACAGUUGUCCUGUGCUGUAUUAACAGCUGUGCAAACCCCCUUGUCUACUUCUUCAUUGGCUCCUUUAGGCAGCGCCAUAAGACUCUCAAGCUGGUCCUUCAGAGGGCUCUGCAGGAUUCUCCUCUGGAGAGGAAAGGUGGAGACAGAUGUACACAGGAAACCCUGUGUUGCACUACUCUGCCCUGGACCAGAAAUUCCUAUCUCAAUUGUAUGAACAUGUAA